GAAACGGGAAUUGGUUCGGUUCGGUUCGCUAAAUGGACACGCCAAAGCAUUUGGCAAUUAUGUAAAGUGUCUGCGCAACAAUUUGCAAACCGAAAAUGAAUAAAAUCGUGGUUCCAUAACCAAAAACGAAACUCAAAACUGCAAAAAUACAACAAGAACAAAAAGUGGAUAACAAAAUAAGUGCAAAGCAAGCGAAAUCAAGAACGAGUAUUCUUCAAAAGUGCUAACAAUUACAAACAAUUUGCGUUUACCAGAGACACAAACUUGAAUGUCACACAAAAUGUUGCAAGUGCCGGGAGCAACAUUAUUGUUGUUGCUACUGUUGGCAGCAGCUGCAGCUGCUGCAGGCAGCGGCGAUACAACACCCAUCACCAUCGUGGAACGGCAAAUUGAUGCCAGUCUGAAGAAUGCCAAGCUGAUUGAGAGCAGAGUGCUGCCCGAAUUGAUUGGACUGCAGCGCAACCAGGAAGAUGACAAGUGGCACCACAUCACCCGGUUUAUCGACGAUGGCUUUCCCGUUUUGGAGCUAUACGGCUACAAGAUAAAGUCAGCUACGCCAUAUACAAUGAUAAUACCGAAAAUUGAUGUGCGAACAAUUGAGAAGCCACGUUUGAAGGAAUUCAUGUUGGAGCACUUGGUGCCCGGCAAGGUCUUUGAUAGCUACAAUACGCUGGCCAAUGGCAGGGAGGAGGAGGAGUCGUUUGGUAAUGGUAAUGGACAUAAAAUCGUUUUUCGUAAAUUGGAAAAGUCCCACAACAAUGUUUGGCUACUCAACGGCCAACAAAUACUCUACAAGCUACGUAUCAAUGAGCAUUUGAUGGCCAUUGGAAUUGAUGGAUAUUUGGGUGAUAGAAAAUCGCCCUACUCCAAGCGUAACAUACAGGAAAUGAGCAAGCUCAGGCGAAAAGUUUUCUGCUCCAACUUUUGCACACACUUCCUAACAUGUACACCCCUCUAUCUGGCACUGUCCCUAACAAUCUCUCCUUACCCCAUCCUAUGGUGCAGCCGCUACAAUGACCCACAGCCGCUGGAGCAGCCAAAUAUAACGAAUGCCCAUGCCAAAGUGGAGCCCAUUAUUAAGGAAUCGAAAUCGAGUCCAUUGAUGUCAUUUCUGGCCAACAUGAAGACGGGCACAAAAGUCUUUCAGCACUUUCUAUCCAAAUCGAAUCUGACACGCAUUAUGGAUGAUAAUGCGUAUACGGUUCUAAUACCAUCGGACAAUGCCUUUCAACGUUGGCAUCCCAUCGAUUGGGGCUUCUAUCCGUUCAGUGUGCCCGAGUUUACCGAGAGCGUAUUACGCAAUCACUUCCUGCCCAUGCAGCGACCAUUGCGUAUGUCCGAUGUCAAGAAUAUGGACCAAAUGGUCGUUCACACCAUGGGCGGCGAGGAUGUCAUCUUCCACGGACAACCCACGCCCACGGUGAAUAACGUGAGCAUCAUGUCGGAUUACACACUCUCCAAUGGCAAUCAGGUGUUUAUCAUAUCCGAGGUCCUAUUUGUCUCCGAGGCUGUGGUUUCCAAAUUGCAUCAGAUGCACAAGGAUAAGGAGACACCGCCACUUUUGGCCUUUCCCUGGUUCGGUGCACAAUUUCUAUCGCACUCGUUUCUGGCCUUGGAGCGCGAUUCAAGAUUUACACAAAUUACAAGAUAUUUAAAUAAUGCAGAAAUCGCACCACACAUUUCCGGGGCAAAUUACACAUUCUUUGUGCCCGAAGACAAGGCGUUCGAGAAACUCGGCUUCGACAGGCUAUCCGACGAUGCAAUGGCUUCGCAGCGCGGCAUUAAAAUGCUAUUGAAUCACUUUGUGCGCGGACGACUCUACAAUCGAGAUCUGAGGGACAAUGAGGUGUUCGAGACGAUUGGCGGUGGACAUAUCAAGAUCACCCGUAAUCCGGGCAGCAACUAUACGAGUGUGAACAAUGCACAGAUCACGGAGAGCGAGGUGUUUGUCUACAAUCUGGGCACCAUGUACUACAUCGACGACAUACUCUAUUCACAUAUGCUGCGCGAUCAUAUCACCAAAUCGACCAAAACGAGAUCAGAUCGAGACCCAACCGGCGGAGGCUAUCGCAGCACCCAGCGACCCGAUGUCGAGAUUGUGCCCAAUGAAUUCGAGAGUGAACACAACGGCGGCGACUAUGCGAUCCAUGGUGAUGAUGAUGACUUCGAGGAUGAGAUAAUAACGCCCAAAGCAUUGCCCGUCCAGAUCUAUGAGUUGCCCAAGUAGAUGAUGAUGAUGAUGAUGAACAAAACACACAUAUACAAAAGCAACCAGAGUUUUUUGGAGUUGGAGCAGGAGCAGUUUUUGGGGGGGUCCGCAAACAUUUUUUGAUAUGUGUGGGUUUUUUUGGUCUAGGUGAGUGUGUGAGGGACGCGCUUAAAGCGUUUUUGUAUAGUUCUGAGCUAAUUUUGUAACGAAUUUUUUUUAGUUAGUUAUUAGUUUUCUGCGUGUGUACAUUUUAAGUUAGCGUUCGAAACGAGGCGGUGAAACGAAGUAUACUACAACAACCACAACAAAAGAAAUGAAAACAAAAGCAACAAAAAAAAAAAAAGAAAAGAAACAAAAAAACAAUGACAAGAAAUAUAUAUAUAUAUAUAAACCUUAUACUAAAGAACUUAUCAGCAAUUACAGUGAAGCUUGUAGAACAACGUAGCGACAAAUUGCAACUAAAAUACAAAAAAAAGAAAAAAAACGAAAACUUAG